AUGAACCCUAAUAACGUCGAUCUACUGACAGAAGGGAAUCCGAGUACCGGUGGAACCAACGGUGAAAAGUAUGAAACAGAGGGUCUUGAGGAGGAAGAUGACAAGAUGGUAGAUGAUGGUGAAAAUGGUCACAAAAAUCGUGAUGACGACCAUGUAAUGGAGGAUGUUAAGGGCUGUGAUAACGAUAGUGAAAUCUGUGAUGACAAGAACGAGGCCACUGCCAGCAACGCAGUUCACCACGAAGCUUAUGAUGUUGAUGUUAACGAUCUUCAUAAUGUUGGCAGGCAUCAUAUCGAUCCUAUGACGCACACAGUUGAUAACACCAACAACGCAGUGAAUAAUGUUAAUGCUGAUGGUGAGAUGAUUUUGGAAAAUUGUGCCAUUGUGAUUGGUGAUCAAAAUGGUCGUCAAAGUGGUGAUCAGCAUCAAGCAAUGGAACGUAGUGGUCUGGCCGAUAGCCAUGGAAGAUUCUGUGCUCACCAUGACGAUGAGGUUUUCGAUGGGCAUGGAGUUCAUCACGAUGAUGACAGCACUCGUGAAUUUUAUGACUGCAGAAGUUUCAUAGAGAAGAACGAUGGCAGUGAUAGCGAAGAUAAUAAUGAUAAACUCGUUAAUAAUGAUCGUCAUUUCAAGGAGAUAUUUGAAGAUGAUACUGAGAAAGGGUUGGAUGAAAAAGAUGAUAACGGAAAAAAUAAAAAUGGCGACGGUAGGGUUGGUGAUAACAACGAUCAGGAUAAUCAUCUUUUUGAGCAGAAUAAUUACAAUAGUGAUGAUAGGGUGGCAGACGACGGCGAGGACGAUAAUGAAAAUGAAAGCCAUGUUAGUACAUCAACGCCGCAUCACUGCAAUUUUGAUCACAUGACUGGCCCAGUUGGUGGCCAGUUGGUGAAUGAAGAUGAAUUGAUCAAAUCAGAAUGUUGCAUGAGUGACUCAUUUAAAGAUGGAAACUUAGAAAAGAAUCAAAUCCAUGGUGCAGUAGAGGCCAAGGACCACAAUGUAGAACAUCUGAUGCAAGAAACACUUGCAGUUAAUGUAAAAAAUGAUCCCGACGGCGCAGUUACUGGAAACACUGAGCAUCAAGAAGCAGGUCCAAGUGCCAGGUCUGUCAAUAUCUUUCAUUGGAAUCAAAAGGGUCAUCAUGAUGUUGAGCUUGUAGCUAGCACUGGGGUUUAUAUUGAUAAGCGUGAGCUGGCUUUCAUUGCAUCUCGCAAUCGUCAAGAUGCUAGGGAAAUGCAGAGAAAACUUUUUCUACAAAUUUUGGGCGAGAAAACUCUGAUAAAAAUGACCCCAACCGGUCGUUCUCGUGGAGGACAGAAACGCGAAAAACUACCCGUGGAUGUAUCUAAGGCUGUAAGAGGUUAG